GUUGAACGCGUCCGGAUCAUCACCACCAUUUGGAACAAGCCUACACUUAUCUCCAUGUUUGUUCUGCUAUACCUGAUCCACUUCGUCGAUAUGCUGCAAAACUAUAUCGACACCGGCCUCAACCCAUACGUCACAUCAGCAUUCAGUUCGCACGGCUUGCUCACCGUAGGGACCGUCAUCUCCACAGCACUUGGUGGCUGCGUUCCACUUACCAUGGCGAAAGUCAUCGAUCUCUGGGGCCGUGUUGAAGGCUUCUGCUUCAUGCUCCUGGUGUGUGUCUGUGGUAUGAUCGUUAAGGCUGUUUGCACGAACGUUCAGUCCUACAUCGGUGGUCACGUUCUUUACUGGACUGGUCAUAUCGGUCUAAUAUACGUUAUCGAUGUUAUGUGCGCCGAUAUCACCUCUCUCAAGAACCGUAUGAUCAUCUUCGGCAUCAACCAGACGCCGAGGAUCGCCGCAACCUUUGCUGGACCCGAACUUACUUCGAUCUUCUUGAGUGGUCCUGGCUGGCGUUGGGCGUUUGGAGCCUUCAUCAUCAUUCUCGUCGCUUGCAGCGUUCCAGCUAUGGCUCUCAUGCUUUACAUGUACCGAAAAGCUCGCAAAUCUGGCUAUGCUGAGAAGCAAAGGUCUGGUCGGAGCACAUUCCAAUCUGUGAAACACUACGUUAUCGAGUUCGAUAUCUUUGGUAUCAUAUUGAUCAUGGCCGCCUUCUGCCUCUUCAUGCUGCCGUUCACCCUCGUGAACUACGCUCCCCAACUGUGGAAGACGCCCUAUAUCAUCGCCAUGAUCGUCCUCGGCAUUUUGCUCUUUCCCACUUUCAUUCUCUAUGAGAGGUAUCUGGCUCCAGUCCCAUUCCUCCCGUGGAAGUAUCUCAAGGAGCCAACCAUCGUCGGCUCUUGUGUUCUUUACGGUGUCAUGUUUCUUUCAGUCAUGUGCUGGAACGGAAUGUACAACUCGUACCUGCAGGUUGUACACAGGCAGAGUAUCGUACAUGCCGGAUACAUCCUCAACUCCUUCUCUCUCACUUCUUCCGUCUUCGGUCCUCUUAUCGGAAUGCUCAUCAGCUACACGGGUAACUUCAAGUGGGUCGCAAUGAGUGGUGUACCUAUCACUCUCCUCGGAACCGCUUUGUUAAUUCCUUACCGCCAGCCUGAUUCUCCUGUCGGUGUCUUAGCUUUUACCCAAGUUCUCGUUGGUCUCGGUACUGGUAUUUUCGCCACCUGCGGUCAACUUGCCGUCAUGGCACCCGUCACUCAUCAGCAGAUUGCUGUCGUCAACGCGCUCUGGGGACUUUUUGGUGGCUUCGGCUCCUCUAUCGGCUACUCCAUCGCUGGUGCCAUGUGGAACAGCAUCACCCCCGGCAAAUUGUAUGAGCUUCUUCCCGAAGGGUCCAAGGACCAGGCAGCUGUCAUUUUCGGCGACAUCCAAGUGCAGAUGUCUUUCGCUGACGGCACCCCUGAGCGUGCCGCCGUUGUUGGCGCUUACGCUCACUCUCAGCGCUUGAUGGUCAUUGCUGGUGUCUGUUUCAUUCCUCUUUGCGUUGCGUCCAUCUUCAUCUGGAAGAACAUCAACGUCAAGAAGCUUGAGAAGGAGCAGGGCAAGCAGACCAAAGGUCUGGUCUUCUAGAUGAUGUCACGACUUUACUAUCAGAUAAAACGGGGGUUUGAGUUGCAGGACGCUUGUAGGUGGUAUUGAGACGUGCAUAUGUACAAUAAUGCAUGUCUGUACGAUAGGAGAAACAUGAUGCUUAAAACUUUCCAGUGACAAAUACAUUCGUUGUCCUCGCUUGAGCUCUUCUUAAGUGCUAUGAGGUUCCACAAACUGUCUACCUUGAUCAAUGAAAAGACGUGUGGCAGUGGCGCUCGACUAGCGUAUCACCAACUCAGCAUUCCUCCUGUGUACAGGUCUGCGCACGUAUGCAUCGUUAUAAGAUAUAUAGAUUGAAUGAUUGAUUGGUUUAACA